AUGACUGAUAUGGCAACGGAACUGACGGUGGAUCGGGACGGCGUGCGGCGUUCUCUGGUGCGCGUUCUCUGGUGCACCGGUUGCACCGAGUGCCUGUUGGUCGCUCUUUUACAUCAGCAGGAUGAUUUCCUCUCAGGGGAUCCGACCCGGAUCCCCUGGAGCUGCAAAAAGAUCAUCAAGGCGUACAGGGAUGCCACAAGUGCCAGGGUGCUUGAGCUGAACAGGGCAUCGGUUCGGCUUUGGACGAUUCUACUCGGAGAGAGUUACAGGAACCACCAGAGGUUUAGACUGUGGGACACAGGAAGAAGACAGCAUUUUGAACGAAACUGGUAUGUGCGACGAAGAUUAGUGUUGGACGCUGUAAAAAGGUCGAAUGUUGGGUUUGGAAAUAGUUGUAGUUUUGUGAAUGGUGACCAAUCCGCUGGGGCUCGGAGGUGCGGUAUGGUGAAUCCUUGUAAAGUCGCACUUACAGAGAGGACGGAGGAAUUGUUGAGAGGAGGACCGAAGUUUUGUGUAAAUGUAAAACCGUCGAGAGUAGAUGUUUUUUCCGCGAUCCAGACAAUUGCUAAAAAAGUAGGGUUAGACGAAAGGGAUGCUUCUGUGGACUACGCGGUCAGUAGAAUGGAAAGAGUUGUGGAUGAUUCGUAUAAAAAAGACAGGAGGAAUUUUCAGGCUAUCACGGAAGUAAGAAAGGACUUUAAAUCUAGAUCACUGGAAUUGUUACAGACCGAUAAGAGCGGUAUGUUUGCCGUCCUUCCAUUGGCGGUUUUUGAAAAAAAGUCAACAGAGGCAUUGGACUCGGUAUUCAUGGCAUGGCAAGGCAAGUUGGGAAAAUUAAUGAAGGACAUCUCAUUUACACUUAAAGACGAGGGUUUAGAGACCUCAGCCAGGAAAGUCCUGAAUCAGCCGAGAAGCACUUUAAGUUUAAAAUUCUUCUUAAAGGACCACAAGCCGGAAAUGCAGUUCCCCACGGUUAUUAUUGAGAACGGAACGUGGCAAAGCAUGGUUUCGAAGUUUCUUCAAAAAGGUUUAGACUUCGCUAGAUUGAAAAACAGUCUUUCGUUAAGAAACUCCGACAAUUUUGUUCAGAUUUUAGAUGCUCACCAUGGGAGGCAAUGCUCGUUGAUCUCGGUGGACAUUAAAGAUCUGUACUAUUCUCUUGAAAAACAGCUGUUGAUGAGUAGGGUUAGAGAGGCUUUGGAGCGUAAUUUGGUAAAAUUUCAAUCAGGUACGGGGAUUUCGGUAGAUAGUUUUUUAGCGAUCCUGGAUCUUUAUCUUAAAGCCACGGUAGUGGAGUUCAAGGAACGCAUGUGGAUUCAAAAGAAGGGUGUGUGUAUUGGGACUGCGGUGGCACCUAUUUUGGCAGAAAUUUAUUUAAACUCUUUGGAUAACGUGAUCUCGGAAAGGCUGGCAGUUUGGGGGUCGGGUGAAGUUUUAGUGAGAAGGUAUGUUGAUGACAUUGUGGUCAUGAGCUUUCAUGGGAAGGAUACGGGAGCAAUAGAGAGUGUGGUGAGAGGCUCAGCACCGGAACUUACCUUUACUGUUGAAGGGCCAGACAGAGGAGUUUUGCAGUUU